UGCAAACAGCCUAAAGGGUCAUCUCCAACGCUAAUAGCUACUUUUAGGGCUUAUGUUCACGAUGUUAGAUCUUGACCUGAGGAUGGACAAAAUCAUCGAUGUUCGCUUAUGGAGGAUGGUAUUGCAUCUAGAGAAAAUGUCAGGGACUCUAGAAAUUCUCUAUCUGACCAAUUUUGUAAAGGGCCUAUCUGAGCCAAUUGGCAAUCCGACAAACCAGUACGACACAUUCUCAAUGAGUGAACAUUUUUUAAAUCGAUUAUUUUGCCCAUCUAUAGUCAUUUCUCAAAUCGAUUAUUUUGCCUAUAUCUCUAGUCCUUCUCUCUCGUUCACGCAUAGACUCCGCGAGUAAAAGAGAACGCAAAGUUUAUCAACCAUGGUAACCAUUAAUCAUGGUAAAGAAAUAUUAUUUUGAUCGAUCAAUUAAAUGCUGCUCUACCUAUCGAGUAGGAUUUCUAAAUGCACUCCAGCGAGAUCAGCUUGUUGCAAGUAUAGUUAUGUACAUGCGCUACGUUUUGAUACCGUCGGUCAUGGGAUAUAUCGCACAAUGUCAAGAACAAAAUUUUAUCGAGAUUGCUCAAUGAUAAAGGCGUCAGUGCGGUCAUGCAGUUCAAUGCGUUUACCCUUUUUUUGUUAUUUCAUUGCUCCAUUUUGAAGUCAACUUUAUUCACGAUAUAACGUGAUUAAUAAUCACGCACGGAGGCGAUGGCAUUUAUUGUAAUUCCUGACAUUCAGUGAAUAAUAAUAACAGAAUCUUAUUUUGUUGGAUUUCGACGGAAAAGAGUAAAUGCUCCAAAUGAAACGAAACUUAAGCCGGACCGUUGAGGUUAGAUUGAUAUACCUCUGUUAUCAAGUCUUUGAUGGAAUUGACGUAAGAGCGUUAAAUGACGAACUAACACGGAACCAACGUCUGAUUACUAAUGUUCGCAUUAAAAUUCGAGCGUGAUAAUAUUCAAUGCAGAUCGCAUCUUCCACGAGAUUAUUUGGCGUUACUAAGUUAUUGCGAUUACCUUUACAAAAUUCGAACAAUUUGCUUCCGAGUUUGCAAUAUAGCGCACAUAUCAGACAAUUGGAUGUCACAAUGGCCAAGCAAAUCUUUCAAGGUCAAAGUGAUUACUAUAACGGCAUAACGAUCGACUCGGCCGAAGAAGUCUGUGAUAAUAAGAUAUUUACGCAACGUCUCAAAGAUUCCUUAGAACAAUGGAUAAAGAACAAGAAACGCACUAUAUGGUUUCGUGUACAUAUACCUCAUACAGAAUGGAUCCCGAUAUUAACAAAGCAAGGAUUCGUAUUCCAUCACGCGAAGGAAAAAUAUGUUGUGUUAUAUCGUUGGUUACCUGUCGAUGAAGAAUGCAACGUCCCAAAAUAUGCACAUACAAUUUUAGGAGUUGGCGCAUUCGUGUAUAACGAGGGAACCGGUGAAAUUCUUGUCAUCAAGGAAAAAUAUUCCUAUAAUAAAGCAACUUGGAAGCUUCCAGGUGGCUAUGUAGAACCAGGAGAGAACAUCGAAGCAGCAGCCAAGAGAGAAGUUUUGGAGGAAACAGGAAUUCAAGCAGAUUUCAGGUGUCUGCUAACAUUCAGACAUGGACAUGGAUAUUCCUUCGGAUGCUCAGAUAUAUAUAUGAUCGCAUAUCUAACGCCACAAAAUUUUGAUAUUCAGAAAUGCAAACGAGAGAUUUUAGAAUGCAGAUGGAUGAAGCUAAGUGAAUUCAUGGAACAUCCAGAGAUACAUGCACAUAAUAAAACACUUGCAACGAAAACAGUUGAAUUUCUUGGGCAUCAAAUGGGUAUGGUUGUAAAUUAUGAAAAUCAUCCUAUUACCCAAAAGGAGAUACAUAUAUACAGUGUGGAUCUUGUUACUAACAUAAAAAAGUAAAUAUACAUAUUUAACAAAAUACUUUUCUUUGGUUAGACCAAGCAGAAUUGUUUUAAAUAUUAUAUUUAGAAUGCACUAACUUCUUCAGGGAUAAAUUGAUUAAACUCUGAAGAAAAUAAUUUCACUUUUUAAUAAAUCUGUAAUUAUGUAACGAGAUCUUUUUUGUAAAGAUUAUCCACAAUAAUGUUCGUUUUACUUUUACUGACAAUAUCUAAAUUAAAAGAGAAAAAUUGUGCAUUAGUGAUGCCAAUGAUGGUAUGAAGCCACAGCGCACAUAAGCGCGGCGGAUACGUCGGCUCACGUUGAAUCAGUUGAGAUGCGGCCGAAACUGCGCACGCUCACAGACACGCGACGCUUCUGUGCUCUGUGGCUCGGUGCCAUCAUUGGCAUCACUGAUGUACAUACAGGUGUCAAUAUCUCUGAAAAGUUUAAAUUAGUAAAUAUUAUAAAUUAAUGAUUUCUAUCAAAUAAAUUAUAUUAAUUUACUAAGAUGACUUAUAUAUGAUUUAUAUAUCUUCUUUAUAACCAUAUAUCACAAUAAAUUUGGAAUUCAGAGUUG